AUGAACCAAAAGAAUUAUUAAAACUGUAAUAUUAAGGGACAUGAUGAUGAGUUUUUGAAUAUGAUUUGCAUAGAUGAAAAAUGCAAAAAAAAUUAAUUAUUAUGUUGUUAUUGUGUUGAAGAAGAUCAUAACAAAUGUUAAAAACUUCCGAUCUCAAAGUUUUUAAAAUAAUUUAAGUAACAACAUUAAUCCUAGAUGAAUGAUUAGGAAUAAAACUAUGAAAGGUAACAAUAAUAUAUAAAAUUAGUCUUGAAGUCCCUUAUAAUAUAAUUUAAUCAAUUAUAGAAAAGGCAUAAAAAAAAAUAAUAGUAACAUUUUUUAAAUAGAUAGAUGCAAUAAAAAAGUAAUGUUUAUAUUAAGAUUUUUAGUGCAAAAUCUACAAUACAAUAAUUGUUAAAAGAAUAAAAAAGUAUCAAAGAUUAAAAACAAAAACUAUAAGAAUUUGAAUCAAAUAUGACCUAAGAGAAUUGUUCUUCCCUUCUUGCUGAAAUAGUAGAUUUUAAACCAAAUUCUGAUAGAUUUUCAUUCACUCUCAAAAAGAUAUAAGGAUAAAAAAUUGACUAGAUAUAAGAUAGAAUCUUACAUGGAAGCAAAUAUUCACAAUAAUACGAAGACUUCAUGAAAAGGUUUCUUGAAGAUUUUGAAAAAUAACAUUAAGAUAUGGAGAAAAAUUUUUAGAAUUUUUUUUUAAAAGCACCACAAGAACUCUAAGAUUUAGAAUAAAAUAAUAAUAAUGUAAAAUAAUCAAAUAUGUAAUCUGAAAUUUAAAUUAAUUAAAUUUAAGUAUAAGAUAGAUAAUAAAAUACAAUUGGUAUAAAUAGAAAUAAUACGAAUAUAAACAAUAUUGAAAAUAAUCAAUCGCCAAAAAUAAAAGGUAAAUAAACACAAAAUAAUUUUAUUUCACCAAAUAACAAAUAAAUAUAAAAUUCUUAGAUGUCUAGUGCUUAAAUAUCGAAUUUAACUAAGUAAUAAUCCUUCUCAAAUAGUAAAUAAAAUAAUAAUUAAUAAUCAAUUGAAAUAAAUCAAUAAUCAACACCUCAAUUUUAGUAAUAACUUUAAUAACCCAUCUAAUAAAAUACUUCUAAAUAAUUUUCAUCUAUUGGCACUCUUCCAAACUCUCAUAAAGAAUAGCUUAAUCCACCCUCUCCUAAUUUAUAAUUAUUAAAUGGUAUUAAUAUUUAUUUAUGAAUAGUCGAAUUUCAAAAUGAUAAUUAAAUAGAAUCAGAAUAAUUGAUUGAUAUAACUCAAGAAAGGAGUUUCUAAAUUGAAUCAAAUGGGAAGAAGUUUACAAAAAUAUUAUUUUUAAAUAAUUCAAUGUUAGUAGGAUGUUGCGGAUCUGAAUUUUUAAUAUUUGAUUUGAAAACUUGUAAAUAAUUAUUUUAACAAACUGUGGGUGCAUAUAUAACCGAUGCUGUAAAUAUAAACUCUAAUGAUUUAAAUGAAAUCCUAUAUUUAGCUAUGAAUAAUGGGAAAGUUUUAGUAUAUAAAAGAGAAUAAUAAAUGAAUUAAUCUUUAAAUUUUAUCUAGUAAAAAGAAUAAAUUGUGGAUACAUCUGGCAACUUACUUAUUUAAAUUAAUAAAAAAGAUAAUUAAUUAAUAAGCUUUGGAGAAGAUAAAAUCAUAAAAAUUUGGCAAUUGAAUGAUUUUAAAGAAGUAAAAAGAUGGGAAUUAAAUGAAGCAGGAACAGCACUUCAUUUGGAUUCUGAAUAUAUUUAUGUGGGUGGUCUUAAAUAUUUAUAUAUUUGGAACUUUACUAAUUAAUUAAAAAAAAUUAUAAAAAUCUAAUAAACUAAGAUCAUUUAUAUUAAUACACAUUUAAAUAAAUUGGUUGUGGGAUUUUAGGAUAAAAUUAAAGUAUUUGAAAGAACAUCCAAUGGGGAUUAUUAACAGAAGAAUGAAUAAAUAUUUGAAUCUAUUAGUUCUAUGAAUAUACUAAAAAAAUGGUCUAUAAUUAUUGUUUCAAAUACAUAUGUAAAUUAAAUUAAUCUAAUUAAAUAGCAAUAGUAAUAGUAAGUUUGUCUAUAUAAUUAUGAAUUAUGUAGUCUAGCCACAUUGGAAGAACAGAUAGCUACAUGUUGUACAGAUGGAGAAUUUGACAACCUCAAUCUUUUAGGAUUUGUAUAUGAAAAUGGAUAAUUUGUAGUCUAUAGAAUAUAAUAAUCUUAAAGAUGA